AACUAACGUAUAUCAAAGCCAGAGACAGCCAUUAAUCAAAGUCAAACAUGAACUUCCACUGCUUUAAAUAUCCAUCCAAAAUUAUACAGUCAAACUGCUCUGUUAAUUAUCAUUAUCCCCACCUUGAUUCCUUUCAAUUUCCAUUAACAAACCCUGAAUGAAAACUCAACCAACCCCACCAGCGCGGAAAUGCAUACCCAUUAGGCAUUAACAGCUCCAUUUUUCCUCAACCCUACCCAUUUUCACCACAACCAAUAAUGACUCCUCGUCUUCUUCUCCUCAGUAGAUCCAUUUUCUCCACUCUGCUGCUGAUUUUCCUGUUUAUCUGCAGUUCGUUCGCCGAAGACGACGUCAGGUGCUUGCAAGAAGUGAAGAGGUCAUUGACGGACACGGGAGGUAAGCUCAAUUCGUGGGUUUUCUCCAACACUUCUGUCGGGUUCAUUUGCAGAUUCGUCGGCGUCUCGUGCUGGAACGACCGCGAGAAUAGGCUCAUCGGCUUGGAGCUCCGUGAUUUCAGCCUAGCUGGGGAUAUUCCAGAUUCGCUGCAGUUCUGCCACAGUCUGCAAACGCUCGAUCUAUCCGGCAACUCUUUGUCUGGGUCGAUUCCUCCGCAAAUCUGCACUUGGCUGCCUUAUUUAGUCACCCUUGACUUGUCGCGCAAUAGUUUGACUGGUCAUAUACCGGAGGAUCUUGCUAAUUGCUCGUUUUUGAAUGCUUUGAUUUUAGACGACAAUAAGCUAUCGGGCAGUAUUCCUUACCAGCUUUCGAAUUUGGGGAGGUUGCGGAAGUUUUCUGUAGCUAAUAAUGAUUUAUCUGGGAGAGUGCCGUCGUUUAAGUAUGACUCUUUGGAGCAUGAUUUUAGUGGGAAUAGCGGGCUUUGCGGGGGCCCCUUGGGGAAAUGUGGUGGAUUGAGUAAGAAGAAUUUGGCGAUUAUUAUUGCAGCAGGGGUUUUUGGUGCGGCCGCUUCGUUGCUGUUGGGGUUUGGUUUAUGGUGGUGGUGUUUUACGAGGUCGAGUAAGAGGAGGAAGAGACAGUACGCAACUGGUGGAAGGGAUGAUGGUGGUAGUAGCUGGGCGGAGAGAUUGAGAGCUCACAAGCUUACGCAGGUUAUGUUGUUCCAGAAGCCCCUAGUGAAGGUUAAGUUGGCAGAUCUGUUGGCUGCAACAAAUAAUUUUAGCACAGAGAAUGUUAUCGUUUCGAGUAGGACGGGGACCACUUACAAGGCGGUUUUGCCGGAUGGGUCAGCCCUUGCGAUUAAGCGGCUCAGCACAUGUAAGAUAGGGGAGAAGCAAUUUAGGGUGGAGAUGAACAGGUUAGGGCAGUUGAGGCAUCCGAAUUUGGUGCCACUAUUGGGGUUUUGCUUAGUGGAGGAGGAGAAGCUCUUGGUUUAUAAGCAUUUGUCUAAUGGGACUCUUGGUUCAUUGUUGUCUGGCAAUGCUGAUGUCUUGGAUUGGUCAGCUAGGUUUAGGAUUGCAUUGGGGGCUGCUAGGGGACUGGCUUGGCUUCACCAUGGUUGCCAACCUCCUAUCUUGCACCAGAAUAUCAGCUCUAACAUCGUUCUGCUUGAUGAGGAUUUUGAUGCUAGGAUAAUGGACUUUGGUUUGGCUAGGCUUAUGACUUCUUCUGAAUCAAAUGACAGUAGCUUUGUAAAUGGGGAUUUAGGUGAAAUUGGAUAUGUUGCUCCGGAGUACUCAAGUACAUUGGUUGCUUCUACAAAAGGGGAUGCUUACAGUUUCGGUGUGGUACUUCUUGAAUUGGCAACUGGACUAAAACCUCUUGAUGUCACUACUGCGGAUGAACUAUGUAAGGGUAAUCUAGUGGACUGGGUAAAUCAGCUCUCUGCUUCUGGUCGAAUUAAAGAUGCUAUUGAUAAACGGCUAAGCGGGAAGGACCAUGAUGAAGAUAUAGUGCGUUUCUUGAGAAUUGCUUGUAAUUGUGUGGUUUCCCGGCCCAAGGAUAGGUGGUCUAUGUAUCAGGUUUAUGAAUCACUGAAGAGCAUGGCUGAGGAGCAUGGUUUCUCAGAACAGUAUGAUGAAUUUCCUCUAUUGUUCGGAAAACCAGAACCCACAAGUCCCAUCUGACCUGGGAAUAGAAGUCUGUGGUGCAUGACUAAAUAUAAAAAAGAUUCUUGCACAAGUUUCUGCAGUAUGUGGUGAGUUCUAGCGAGCAAAUUGUGUGAUAUCUGUUCUAAUUUGCUUUCUGUAGCACAUGCCACAAGCACCGAGUACAGCUGUACAAUAGCGCACUUGCAUAAAACUUCAGAUGUUAUGCUUACUUGAAAUUUGUUGUAAGAUACGUCCUGAUGUGUUUUACUAUUUAUAGUUGGCUCGUCAGAUGGUAGCUGUCUAAAUUUUGUAUUGAACCUUGGAUGAAGCUUAUUUAUAUACUUUUGAUUUGAGUAAUUC